AUGCUAUGGGAUAGGAGCUUAGAAGAUGUGAUUGAAGAUGAUGAUGAGGAACAGCACAUGUCAAGAGAAGAAGCAUUGCAGCAACAUGAAGCAAAUCAAGUUGGUAUGGGAAAAGAAGACUAUAUGACACUGCUGAAUCUCAUAGAAGACUUGAAGGAUAAACUUAUUGCUGAAAAGAAUAACAAGCUACUGAUGGAAAUAAAAAUUCGUGAAGAAGUCACAGAAGAAUUUACACGUUUUUUUGCUAAACGGGAAAGAGAUUUCAAAGAGUGCCUUUCUCAGGAACGAGAACGACUUGAAGAGAAUACUGAAAGACGUCUGGAAAUCUUCAAGGAACUUGUAAAUGGUUAUAUUGAAAACACAGAUGAAGGAUAUAAAGACAGGCCUGGCAGUGAGCAAGCUGAACCUCUGGAUGAAAACCAUAGCGUUGGGCCUGGUACCUACACUGAUCUUGAGGGCGUUGUUGCUUCCCUGCAGGAUGAUGUUGCGGAUAUCAAAAAGCAAGCAGAAGAAGCACACAAGUACAUUGGGAACCUAGAGGACCAACAGAAAGUUAUAGGUUGGCUUGAAAAAGAACUGGGAAAAACUACCACUGAGCUAACUAAGACCAAAGAAGAGCUGGGAAUGAAAAGCAAGGAACUAUUCAAAGCUGAAGGAGAGCUGGCAAAGAAAAGCAAGGACAUUCAAACACAGAUGAUAAAAUUAGCUGAGUCAUCUGAGCAGCUUAAAGAAGCAGCUGAGAAAAUGAAUACACAGAAUAAAAGGAUUCAAGAACUAAUGGACAUUGUGGAGCAAAAAGAUGAUGCUAUUAUGAGACUACAAGAUUCGAUAUCCCUUUUAGAAGAAACCAUAAAAGACUAUGACAACACUGUAACUAGCCUUAAAAGAAUGGCAGAAAAGAACUCUAACCAGGUGAUUGAAAGCAGUCAGUUCAAGGAUUGUGAAGAUACUGUAUUGGGAGUGGGAAGAAAACGCUGCUUUGAAAAUAGGCCUACUGUGGAAGAAGAGCCACCUACAAAGAAAGGAGAUACAAAGGAGAGUUGGGAAUAUGACACUCCAGAGCGAAAGAGAACUGAAUAUUUGAAAACAAGUACUUCUGAGAAUCUUGCAGAGAUACUAGCACUGAGGGAAAGAAAUGAAACCUUGGAAGGUCAGCUAGCUGCACUUGAAGAAAAGAAUAAAAAAGAGUUUAGUGAGCAGAUAACAAGCUUGCAUCUCAAGCUUUCUGCUUCUGAAGAAAGGGCUUUUGGCUUAAGUGAAGAACUUAAGCAGUGUCAAGCUGAUUAUCAGAAGAUUGCUUCUGAAUUGGACAAACAGAAAAUUAUAAAUAAGGAACAAGAAGGAAAGAUUAUUCAGCUAAAUAACGGAGUAGAAAGUGCAAACCAAAAGUUAGUUGAUAAAUUGUCCCAAAUUAAAGCAAUGCUGUCCAAAGUAGAUGAGUUGUAUAAAUGUCACUCACAAGCUGAGUCUUACGCUAUGGAUAUUGAUUUUGUUAAUCUAAAAGCUUCAUUAGACUUUCAAAAAGGCGAACUAGAGAGAGCUCAAGUGAGUUCUGUAUGCAUGCAGUCUCAAACUGCUUCUACAGAAGAUCAGAGAUGGGAGGGCUCCUUUCACAGCAGUGUUGAAAGCCUUUGGGAAGAAUGCAAAAAUAUUAUAAGGGUUUCUUCACAAAAAAGUCAGCGGAUUCAAGAACUACUUCAACAAGUUGAAGACUUAAAGAAAGGACUUGGUGACUCUGAGAACUGUAAUUAUCAACUGAAAUUAAAAUUAAAUGAAAUUGCAAAUCAAGAUCAUCAGUCCCUAAAGGAGAAAGAACUUAUGAGUCAGUUAGAAGAGCAAAUUCAGAAGAAAACACAGGAUUUUGAAAAACAGGCUGCAGAAGAUCACAGAGUAAUUGCUGAGUUCAAGGAGGAAGUUACCACCUACAAGGAAAAAAUAAGAGAGCUUGAAUGCCUAUUGGAGGCUUUUAAAGCUAAAGAUGACAGCAUAGAAAAAUUAGAAGAAAUACUCAAAGAAAAAGAAUCUAUUAUUUUAAAUCUAGAGACUAGUACAGUAGCUCUGCAAGAGAAAUGUGCCAAUUCAGACCUAACCAUUAAAGAACUAAAUGAUAAAGAAGUAAAUCUGAAGGAGGAAAUUGUGCAGUUGAUGAACAGUUUGGAGAAUAUGAAAUGCUGUCUUCAGGAGAAAGAGAAAAAUGAGGAUGAGCAAAUACAAUCUAUAGAGUUGCUACGUAAAGAUCUUUCUGAGAGUUCUGCCCUUGUACGGAGUUUGAAAGAAGACUUGCAGAGGAAAAAGGAAGAAUAUACAGAUUUGAAAGAGAAAUUUUCUGAUGCCAAGAAACAAAUUCAGCAAGUACAAGAAGAGGUGGGUACAAUGCGAUCUGAAGAGAUAUCACUGAGGAGCAAGGUUAAUAAACUUCAGGAAAUUAAAAACCAGCUUAGUGAAGAAUUAGAGAUCAAACAGCGCACAAUUCUGCAACUUAAAAAGGAGCAGUUGAAUAAUGAGAAGCUGGAAGAAAUCUCCAAAGAGUAUGAGAAAACAUGUAAAGAUCUGUGUGCAAAGGAAAAAAUAAUUGAAGAUAUGCGGAUGACAUUAGAAGAACAAGAACAGACGCAGAUUAAACAAGAAGAAGUGAUUGAAGCCAAACUAGAAGAGACCAACAGAUUAGUUUUGGAACUGGAACUAUGGAAGCAGAAAUUUAGAGAGCUGAAUAACCACAGCGAUAGUGUCUGGCAGCAAAAGAUGAGCAAAAAUGAAGAGAAAAGUAUAAGUGAAAAUGAGGAAAUAAUGAAGCUGCAAAAAGAACUGAAGGAAAAUGAGGCAAAGUAUCAAAGUGAUAGAAAGAAGUGGCUGGAGGAGAAAAUGACACUCAUACAUCAAGUAAAAGAAGCUGAGAUCCUUCGCAACAGGGAAAUGAGAAAAUUUGAGGAGGAAAGAGAGCACCACAUAAAGAAACAAGCAGAAAUUGAAAGACUUGCUGCUGCACAGCUGGUAGAAAAGGACAACAAUCUUCAAAAGUGGCGUGAAGAACGAGAUAAAUUAGUAGAAGCUUUGGAAAUACAGCUCAAGACUUUGGUUUCUAACAGCACGCAAAAAGAUAAGGAAAUAGCAGAACUGAAAGAGGCUGCACUAAAGGAUUUGGGAAAGGAUAAGGAAACUGAUAUAGAAGAACUAAAGAAACAGCUGGCUGAGAAAGAUGACUUUAUAAAGGAACAGAAACAGCAGAUUAACCAUGAAAGUCUUCCGUCUAUCGCAAAAGUACCUUUACCUGAAGAAGGACAAGAUGAAAUAGAUCAGUCUGUAAACAAAGAGGACCAUUCUGAAAUUGUGCUUGACUCAUCUGAAGUGUCUACAGAAAAUGGAAAAACUAGUCGGUUCCCAAAACCAGAGAUGGAAAUCCAGUUCACACCUUUGCAACCCAGUAAGAUGGAGGUGAAGCACCAGGGUAGCAACAUACCCGUUACAGUUAAAAUGCUCAAGACAAGAAAGAAAAGAAAAAGUGAAGAGAUGGAUGAGGAUUUUGUGAAAAGCGAGAACAAAAAAAAUGCAAAACCUGCUAUGACUAAUUCGCCUUCUACAAGCAACAAGAAAAUGAUGUCUACUAUGCAGCUUAGAAAACCAUACUCCUUAAGAAAGCAAGAAUCCACUUCAAGUAAAAACUCUGAUAAAAAGAAAGAUGGAACACUACAAAAAAUUGGAGAUUUCUUCCAAAGUUCUCCUACUAUUAUUCAGUCUAAAGCAAAGAAGCUGAUUGCAACAAUAAGGUCUCCUAAUUCUGCAGAACCAGAAAGCAUAAAAGAAAGUGAGCUGAAGCCAAAACGAGCUAAGAGAAAGCUGUAUUCAACUGACAUUUCUUGCCCUCUAGAUAUCCCUGCUUCUUCGAUUCUUGUAGAAGAAAAAAAGAAGGAAAGCGAUCAUCUCAUCAUGAAGCGACGGCUUCGAUCAAAACAAGCUAAAUAAUCUUGCAACAGCAUGUUUGUAUUUCCUUGUUUAGGUCAUAUUUCUAUUGUAUUAUUUUAGUUGAUUGUACAUGGGAAGUAAUUGAUACUUCAUUAUGCUCUGAAGUAUGUAUA